AUGGCCACUGCAGAUACUCUCAGUAUUCCCCACGAUAUUAAGAACCCGAGGGUCUGGCAGACGUUGCUGCUACAUCGCCCCGUUUUGCCGCACUUCGCCAACAUUACGAUACCCCUCGACGCUCUCCAGCGGGCGGAGAAUACCCUCCCUAUGCGGUUCGCGGGGUAUCGUAUCUGCGCCGAUGAUGUACGUUCCGUGCGACGUAUCCAAGUCGAGGUGCAGACAGUCAUCCUUUUCGUGCCUAAUGGCUGGAGUCGCCUCCGGGAAAAGUUCACCCAAGACGAAGAAACCCUGGCAAGAUCGCAAGAGACGGGCUUUGAAGAUUCUGUCACUGUCAACGACCCUGAAGAGAUGGGGGACUGGUCAGGUUUCCGAGGCGACCAGUGCAAGGCGUUCAGGCCGGGGGCUUCGGGGUCCGGAUAA